CGCCCCGCUUUAUCCUGCUCCAACGACCCACUUCGUCGCCUUCCAGUUUUGGAAGGAAGCCUCUUUUGGAAGUCGCCGAGGAGGCCAUGGCCCGUACGAAGCAGACCGCCCGCAAGUCCACCGGUGGCAAGGCCCCCCGCAAACAGCUCGCCACCAAGGCGGCGAGGAAGUCGGCGCCGACGACCGGCGGAGUGAAGAAGCCCCACCGCUACAGGCCCGGUACCGUGGCGCUCCGGGAGAUCCGCAAGUACCAGAAGAGCACGGAGCUGCUGAUCCGCAAGCUGCCGUUCCAGCGCCUGGUGAGGGAGAUCGCGCAGGACUUCAAGACGGACCUCCGCUUCCAGUCCCACGCCGUGCUGGCCCUCCAGGAGGCGGCCGAGGCGUACCUGGUGGGGCUGUUCGAGGACACCAACCUGUGCGCCAUCCACGCCAAGCGCGUCACCAUCAUGCCCAAGGACAUCCAGCUCGCCCGCCGCAUCCGCGGGGAGCGCGCCUAGGCCAGGCCAGCGCGCAACCGCCACCGCCUGCCGUUCCUCGCGCGCUAGUACUAGUAGUUGAUUUCCUUGUCCUUUUAGAUUAGAUUCUGUAAGCUCGUAGUGAGUGAAAGGCAACUUUUGAUUCGCUGUAAAAAAAGAACACGUGAUUGGUUACCGUAGCUGCAAA